UCUGGUCGCGUCGUGCCUUGUGGAUUCCGCGACUCAUCGGUCCGGUGUGCCUCGCGCUGUUGGAUUCCCCGGCCGAGACUCUCGUUCGUCCGUCGGAAGUGACCAGCCCCACCGACAUGUGCUCGCCGCCCGGAUUCCACGCUCAGGACUCCAAGACACCCUGAUGGCAGUCACCGUUCCGGCGAGACAUCCCGAUCGUUCGCCGCCGCUCGAGAUCCUGUUACGUUCGUCGCGUCCCUAUCGGGAGUAGUACUUGACUCAGUGUAGACAGUGCAGUGCGUGCAAGGUGCUCUUGUGACCUAAUUCGUUGUUGUCGGCCGCGAGAGUAACUCGAGAGACAACCCGACCGUCGACGCCCGUCGAACCGGCCGAGAUGUCAGCGUACGCGCAGUUCGGGUACUCGUAUCCGUCGGCGUCACAGCUGCUGGUGAGCGGCGGACAGCCGACUACGGCGACGUCGCCGGCGAUGUCGUCCGGCGGCGCCCUGAGCCCCGGCGCGCUGUCACCGUCGUCGACGGCGACGACGACGGGCGCAGCGGCGGCCAGUGGUGGGGCGAGCACCCCCGUGGGCGGCACCACGGGCCCCGGUUGCUGCGAGAACGGCAGGCCCAUGAUGACGGACCCAGUGACCGGGCAGACGGUAUGCAGCUGUCAAUAUGACAGCGCGGCGAGGCUCGCUUUAGGCGCUUACCCGAGGCUAGCACCCACGGCGACCUCGUACUCCUCAUACCCCACGCCCACGCCAUCCACCACCGACCAGGGGCCCUACCCCAGCAUCAGCAUGGACAGCUCCGCGUUCUACCCUCCUCUGGGAAAUCCGUACGGAUUGAAGGACACGACGGGGAUGGGCAUGACGGCGGAUAUGGGUGCUGCAUGGGGCACGGCCGCCCUUCAACCUGCUGCCACGGGUUACUACCCCUACGAUCCAACCCUGGCCGCCUACGGAUACGGUGCCGGAUACGACCUAGCAGCGCGGCGGAAGAACGCGACGAGGGAGUCGACGGCGACUUUGAAGGCCUGGCUGAACGAGCACAAGAAGAAUCCCUACCCUACGAAGGGCGAGAAAAUCAUGUUAGCGAUUAUCACGAAGAUGACGCUUACGCAAGUCUCGACUUGGUUCGCCAACGCGCGAAGGCGCCUCAAGAAGGAGAACAAGAUGACCUGGGAGCCGAAGAACAAGACCGACGACGACGACGACGCGGUUCUCACGGACUCCGAGGAUAAUAAGGAAAAGGACGAUCUCGCGGGGGACAAUCAAGGCGACAGGGUUGGCGAGGAGGCGAGGAGAGGCCUUGAGGAAAACGAGCCGAUGAGGCACGUGAAAGCGGAGCACUUGCAGCACGACAAGGACCUGGACGACGAGGACGACCUGGAUCUCGAGGAGGACCCACGACGAGGAGAGCAUCCCUUUCACCACGCGAUGCAGCACCACCACCAUCAUCACCAAGGGUACGCCGGGGAGGACCACCUCAAAGACGAGGGCAUAAAGUCCGACUGCAGCGCGGCAGGAGUACCCAUACCCGCCACCAAACCGAAAAUCUGGUCGCUGGCGGACACGGCGGCCUGCAAAACGCCCCCGCCGCCCACGCACCCCCAUCACCAACAGUACCACCACCUCCACCAUCAGCAGCACUACGGGCAACAGCAGCAGCAGCAUCACCUGCCCAACCAAGGCCACCAUCAUCAUUCCCAGCAACCUUGGCUCGGUUCUGGCGGCGGCGGUGGCGGUGGCGGCGGCGGCGGAGGUGGAAACCUCAGCUCGUUCGCGUUGCCCUCCUCCGCGUCGAUGAGUCCCUCCGCGGCGGCGACUGCUCCGUACUCGAGCGCCGCGACGAGGUACGGAGGCUUCCUCUCCUCCUCCUCCGGCGGGCAACUCCAUUACAACCCAAACUCCUCGUCCGGUUCGAGCUCGAGCGCGUCCUCCUCGGCGGCGGCGGGGUUUCCCGAGGUUGGUACGGACACUCCACCCCAGACACCGCCCAACAUGAAGGUGGCUACACCGAAUGGAGUGAUCCAGGGACCACCGGCCGGCUACUGCACUGGUGGCAACGCCAACGCCACGACCAACGGUAAUCCGAAUCCGUACGGUGCCAGUCAUCCGGCCGCCGGCUAUCUGUCCACGAGUUCCGGUUCCGCCAGCAGCGCGUCCUCCUUCAGCUCCAGGCUGCAGGCAUCGCCCCACAAAGACUUCUCGCCCGCGGGACAGAACUCCAUCCUCCAUCAGCAUCAGACCACUGCCAGUCUGCCACCCACGGAGGCCACCACCGCGUUCAAACCGUUCUACAAGGGGUCGCAGUCCAUGGGUAGCGGGUUCGUGUCGCCAGUUUAAAGUGUGCUGGAUCAACGUCAGAUCACCGUCGCAUCUCUCUAGGACUAAGCCGCGGCGCGAAGGACGCGAGGACCCACGGACCGGACUGUAAAUACGCGCUCCAGAGAGGUCCUGGGAUUUAUUAGCGUCGUCUCGGCUCCGGGAGGAGUGGGGGAGGGCCGCGAGGUCACGGGUAACCGGG